ACCCAUGCGACUUGGAGGCGCACCGGCUCCACAAACGAGAAACACCGCACCAUGGCCUCGCUCUGAGCCGCUAAACACGACAGUGGUGUACGUAACGAACCGGCAUCCGUCACCAUCGACGCCCUGAUCAUGGACCCACGGUCCAGAGGCUUUUUUCGGGGCCAUCGGAGUUGUCAGUAGUACUCCCAAAGUACUAUAUUGUUUGAUUUUGUGCACUGGCACUUUUGCACGCACGGGGAUUUAAACCGAAGUGACAGCAGCAGCGCUCGCCCCGGCUGCCGGUUAGCUAACUAGCACGCUAAGUCAGUAGCCAAGAAAAGGGCAUCCCUCUGCUGUUGGAGUAAAGGACACGGAAACUACAACACAACUACUUUCAGUAACAGAAGGCUGAUCAGAGGCAGAUCCCCCGACUACAAACCGUACACCACACUCACUACUGAUUCCCGCAGAAAGGCUGGCAACUCAACGCCACCCUAAUGCAGAACCAUAAAAGAGUGUGAAAUGAACAAACCACCACAGCCUAUAGCGGGACCCACCUCUGUCCCAAACCCUGCCCCCUCCCCUGGAUUGACACAGGCUGCCUACGGCCAAGGACAGCCCCCUUCUCUGGUCUUUGCCACCCAACCACCUCCACAAAUGAACUCUGCACCCCAGACAAGACAGUUUGCUGCAGGGCCCCGUCCUUUACACCAACAGACAUACUAUCCAAACCGACCAGCCAUGGCCACCAGUGCUCCAAGAGUACAGACAAGUAGUGGCCCCAGACCUGUUGGACCUACCCAUGUCUACCCGACCAACCCCCAGAUGAUAAUGAUGUCCCAGCAGCAGCUGUCUUUCGCUGGAUCCCCUCAGGGCUACUUCAUCCCCCCUCCUGGACAGUACCGGGCCCCAUACAUGCCUCCAACUCAGCAGUAUCCUGUGACCACCGGUACAGCUGGCUUCUAUCCGGGAACCAGCCCGGCUGAAUACACCGCUUAUGCAGGAGCAUAUUAUCCUGCUCAGCCACAGUACUCUCCGUCUGUCCAGCCCGCACCGGUCAUGAUCAACCCCCCCCAGCAACAGCAACAAGCCCCGCCUCCUCAGCAGCAGCAGCAGCAGCAACAGCAGCCACCGCAGCCGCAGCCGCAGCAGCAGCAGCCGCCGGCUCAGGCACAAGGCCCACUAAAGAGGGAACGCAAACCGAUAAGAAUACGAGACCCCAACCAGGGCGGGCGUGAUAUCACAGAGGAGAUAAUGUCAGGUGGAAGGUCCACCACCACACCGACCCCCCCACAGGCCUCCAUAGCAGAUUUAAGUCCUCCACAGACCAAUGGUGAAGUUGUACAACCUGUCGCUACAGUGACAAGACAUGAUGAUAACAUGGAGCCUGCUGUUGGCGCUGAAACCCCUCCACCUCCUGCCACAGCAGAAACAGAGCCUGUGCUGGAGGCCAAACAGGAAAUGGACAGCCAGAUGCCUGUGUGUGCUGAAUCCGAUGCACAAUCUGUAGCCCCCACAGCUGCUACUGAGGAUCCAUCCCCAUUGAUAAAGGACGAGCAGUCUCCCUCUUCCCUCCCUCCUGUAGUAGCAUCUAUUACAACUACUACUCCUGCUGAAGCAGUAAAUAAAGACGUUACUAAAGUCAGUGACACAGUCGAUGCACCUGUCAGCCCUUCAGCAUCAGUAGCAGCACAAGAGGCACCUCUCAAACUAGAGGAACCACAGGCGGCCCCAGCUCCACCUGAGAAGGCACCAGAAAAGGAAGAAAAGAUAACAGAGGAAGUGAAGAAAGUUGAAAAAGAGGAGCAGGUGGCUAGUUCCAAGGUGGAGCCUGUAGUUGAAGAUGCAGCUAUAGUUACCCCUGUUAAAGUGGCAAAAGAAGAAGCUGUGGCAAAAGAAGAAGCCGUGGCAAAAGAAGAAGCCGUGACAAAAACUUCAACUGAAAUGUCUCAGCCUCCACCCUCUGUACAGGAACAUGCUGUUCCACAGACCCAGAGCGCUGUUCUCAACUCUGCACCUGAACCCAAAGCUGAACCCCAACCUGAACCCAAAGCUGAACCCCAACCUGAACCCCAACCUGAACCCGAACCUGAACCCGAACCUACUCCGGUUGUAACAGCAGAGCCUCUCCUCUCCAACGGUCUUCCUCAGAACGUUGAGGAACUGUCUGAGGAUGUUGCGCUUUCAGACACUACAUCCCUUGACAAGCCUGAUGCCUCGCAAUCUCAGGAAUCCACACCUGUAGCUAAAAUGGCAGCACCAACCCAGGAAGAGGAUUUGGAAGAGGAGAAGAAGGUGGAAGAGAAGAAUGUGGAAGAGGAGAAGGAGAAUAUAGAGGAUGUCCCUCCUGCCCCUAUCAGCUGCCCUACAGAGGAAUCUACUAUGCAAGCUGCUACGUCUCUGCCAAAGAAGAGGAGGAACAUGAAGGAGCUCAACAAAAAGGAGGCCAUUGGAGACCUCCUGGAUGCAUUCACAGAUGAGCAGGAGCCCAUCCCUGCUUCUGAACCUGUGCCCACUCCGGCCGACCCUGUCCCUGUUGCUCCAGCUGAACCUCCUGCUGAGGUCGUGGAUGAGACUUGGGAAGAGAAAGAGGACAAACAGAACUCAGUACCUGACAAGCCCAAAGCCACAUACAAGUACAAAGAAGAACAAUGGAAGCCGAUAAACCCAGAAGAGAAGAAGCAGUAUGACAGGGAUUUCCUCCUGGGCUUCCAGUUCAUCGGCGCCAGUAUGAACAAACCUGAGGGUCUGCCCACCAUCAGUGAUGUGGUCCUGGACAAGGUGAACAAGACUCCCAUGCGACCUGUUGACCCAGCUCGAUUAAUUAACGUUGGUCCUGAUUUUACUCCCUCAUAUUUGGGGAAUCUUGGGACCAGAUCAGCGGGAGGACCACGAGGCCCAGUGAGUCAAUUUGUUCUUUCUUGUCCCCAUUUUUUUUUUUUUUACAUAUUUGUUAAAUACGUUUUUUUUUUACUCAAGUUUUAUAUAAUGGAUCCCUUUGCCUCCUUUCAGCCUCCUGGGCCACGUCGCUCCCAGCAGGGUCAGCGUAAAGAACCCAGGAAAAUCAACAUCAGCAGCAUGUCCUUCAAUGAUGACGUACAACUCAACAAGGCUGAGAAGGCCUGGAAGCCAUCAGUGAAGAAGUCCACUCGAAGCCGCGCUGCCGAGGAAACCGAAGAAGAUGAAACUGAACAGGGCAAGACUCGGGAGUUGUUCAAGCGUCUGCGCAGUAUCCUCAACAAGUUGACUCCUCAGAAGUUUCAGGAGCUGAUGAAGCAGGUGACGGAUCUGGCGAUAGACACGGAGGAGAGGCUGAAAGGAACCAUUGACCUCAUCUUUGAGAAGGCCAUCUCAGAGCCCAACUUCUCUGUGGCCUACGCCAAUAUGUGCCGCUGCCUUAUGGGAUUGAAAGUCCCCACUUCGGACAAGCCAGGAGCUUUUGCCAACUUCCGUAAACUGCUGCUUAACCGCUGUCAGAAAGAGUUUGAGAAGGACCAGGAUGAUGAUGAGAUCUUUGAGAAGAAGCAGAAAGAGAUGGAGGCUUCCAAAGAUGAUGAAGAGCGUGAGCGCAUGAGAGUGGCGCUCAAUGAUGCCAGAGACCAGGCCCGCCGGCGCUCACUGGGGAACAUAAAGUUCAUAGGCGAGCUCUUCAAGCUGAAGAUGCUGACUGAGGCCAUCAUGCACGACUGUGUAGUGAAACUUCUAAAGAAUCACGACCAAGAGUCUCUGGAGUGUCUCUGCAGGCUGUUCUCCACUAUUGGAAAAGAUCUGGACUUUGAAAAGGCCAAGCCUCGUAUGGAUCAGUAUUUUCACCAGAUGGACAAGAUCAUCAAAGAGAAAAAGACUUCAUCCAGAAUCCGCUUUAUGCUGCAAGACGUCCUGGACCUCAGAAAGUGCAACUGGGUGCCUCGCAGAGGAGAACAGGGUCCUAAAACAAUUGACCAAAUUCAUAAGGAGGCGGAGAUGGAAGAGCACAGGGAACACAUCAAAGUGCAGCAGCUCAUCUCCAAGGGAGGUGGAGGUGGAGGCAGGAUGGGAGGGGACAGGGGGGACAGGGGAGACAGGGGGGGCCGAGGGUCUCACACACAAGGAGGUGGCCGCAAUAACCCGCCUCAGGAUGAGGGAUGGAACACGGUGCCCAUCUCCAAGAACAGACCUAUCGACACCAGCCGCCUUAGCAAGAUCACCAAGCCCGGUGCUCUGGACUUCAACCUCACAAUGUUGGCUCCAGGAGGCAAAAGCCUUGCCGGCAGCUGGGGCAAAGGCAGCAGUGGAGGAACUGGAGCUAAACCAGCCAGUGGAGAGCAAGAUUCUGGUCGUCCAGCUCCCAGCACCAACCGAUUUUCUGCCCUGCAGUCUGGUUCCUCGUUGUCUUCAUCCGACUCCGAUCGCAGAGUUCCUCAGAGGUCAAGCUCCAGUCGUGAGCGCGGUGGAGACGGGGGCGACCGCGAGAAGGAUCGCUUUACUCGCAAUGAGGUACGGGAAGGUCGUGACGACAGGAGCAGCAGCAACCAAAUCACAAAGAGAAGCUUCAGCAGGGAGUCGCAGGAGCGCGGAGGGAGGGCUGGAGACAGCCGGACCUCCGCUGACCCCGUGCGUCGCGUCGCCAGCAUGACUAACGACAGGGACCGAGGAAGUCGGGACAGGGGAAGCAGAGACCGAGGAAGUCGGGACAGGGGAAGCAGAGACCAAGGAAGCCGGGACCGAGGAAGUCGGGACAGGGUUCCAAGUCAAGAUCUCACAGCCAAGCGUGAGAGCGCCCCCACUCCUCCUCCUUCUCUCCCUAAACCUACUUUGACUGAGGAGGAGUUGGAGAAGAAGGCAAAUGCCAUCGUUGAAGAAUACCUCCACAUUAAUGACUUGAAGGAGGCGCUGCAGUGUGUGGUAGAGCUCAACAGUACCUCGCUGCUGUACGUGUUUGUGCGGACCGGCGUGGAGUCGACGCUGGAGCGCAGCACAAUCGCUAGAGAGCGCAUGGGCCACUUGCUGCACCAACUUAUAAAGGCAGGGACAUUGCCCACACCGCAGUGCUACAAAGGGCUAGAAGAGAUCCUGGAGGCAGCCGAAGACAUGGCCAUAGAUAUACCUCACAUAUGGCUCUACCUGGCUGAACUCAUUACCCCCCUGCUCCACGAGGGAGGCAUCCCUAUGGGACAGCUCUUCAGGGAGAUCUCAAAGCCUCUCCUCCCCCUGGGGAAGGCUGCUGUGCUGCUGGUUCAGAUCCUUAAGCUGCUCUGCGACGGAAUGACCCCUAAGAAGGUCGGGGCCAUGUGGACAGAGAGCGGGCUGAGCUGGAGUGACUUCUUGCCCAAGGACGAAGACGUCAACGCGUUUGUCACUGAACAGAAGAUGGAUUUCACCACAGGAGAAAUGACGGAGUCAGUGGAGGAGGGUGUAAAGAAAGCCCUGAGUGGAGAAGAGCUCAGUAAACAGCUGGACAGACUCCUCGAGGAAAAGGCCGACAACCAGCGCAUAGGAGACUGGGUAGAGGCCAACCUGGACGAGCAACAGGCGACUUCCAACCAGUUUUUACGCGCAUUGAUGACAGCAGUGUGCCAGUCUGCCAUCAUAUGUGACAACCCGUACAGGAUGGAUCCAAUUCAGAUCAAACAGAGAGCCAGUCUCCUGCAGAAAUACCUGUCUGACGAGCAGAAGGAGCUGCAGGCCCUUUGCGCCCUCCAGGCUCUGAUGGUGCACAUGGAGCAGCCUGCGAACCUGCUGCGGAUGUUCUUCGACGCCUUGUACGAUGAGGACGUCAUUAAAGAAGAGGCCUUCUAUAAGUGGGAAACGAGCAAAGACCCUGCGGAGCAGACGGGCAAAGGUGUGGCCUUGAAAUCUGUCACCGCCUUCUUCACCUGGCUCCGCGAGGCAGAGGAGGAGUCCGACAAGGAAUAAAAGAGUGAACUGAAUGCUGCCACGCCCCCCUUUGGCUAGGUGGUGGCUCUGCAGGUGGCUCUGGAGAGUUGUGGACAAUAUUGCCAGAGAGGCAGACUCAAAUCAAUCCUCAGUGAGGAUAAAUCUUUAUUAUUAUUUUUUUUCCUUUCAUGGAGGGUGGACUUGGAAAACAAUCAUUUCUCUCGACCCUCCCCCUCUUGCUUCCUCAUUAUGUCCUCACCUGCUUGUCACAGCAAGUGUCCUAAUCAAAUAAACUUGAAAACUGAUUGGUUGUUAACAAGGUGUGAACUAUCCCACAUCACUACGAACCUGUUGAGGCACAAUAAUAGAAAACCGACAGGCUGCUUUUCUAUGGUUCUAGAUAAUACUGACGCCUAACAUCCUAUCUGAUCUGCGAGAAUAAACAGCUGGGCAUGCGGUGUAGUGGGUUUCCCUGAUACCUGGGUAUCAUCUUGCCAUAACGUGUGUUCAAUCCAGACACAGCUCUUCUAUCUCUUUGUCCCUUACUGGAGUGUGCAGCAUGACUGAAGUGUGUUUCUAUUAACUAAACAGAAGACGAAAUGUACAUUGAACUAAUCUUGAUUUGAUGGAUGGAGUUUUUAAAGCAUAGGUUGUCUAUUUUCUCUUCCUGCUUCCUGGAACUUAAGAGAGGACAGAAUGAUGGAGGACUGAUGUUGACCUUUGACUACUCGGGGGUGGUCUUAAUGCUUCCUCUGAGCCAUCCUCACCCAUCCCCAGUAGUGAACCACACUGACUGACUCCUCAUCUUUACCUCUUCUGUACUUAAACCUGAGCUGUCGUAAAAGACACUUAAUGACCCCAAUCACCAUUAAAACUUGAACUCGACAGAAAAUUAACUUGAUGAAAUAUAACAAGUUAAAAGAAAAAAAAUACCCACAGAAACGAUCCGAAAGCCUUUUCUACUUUAAGUGGAAAUACAUUUCAGGAGCGUUCUGUAAAUACAUAAUAAUAAUAAAAACUCUUUUUUUUUUUCCCAGUUUUAUUUUUCAGAAACAAUAAAUUGCUGAUAUAAUUGCAGUGUAUCUCUUUUCCAACAGCAGUUGUCCAGAUGCAGAGGUUCUUUAGAUAAUCCAUUGAUUAUUAGUUUUAUUGGAAUUUUGUAAAUAUUUUUUUGCUUUCUUUAUUUAAGAAAUUAUGCUUCUUUUGCAUCUGAAACUGGAAAGAUGAGGUAACGAAACAUUGCAAAUAAAGGACUUAUUAAGUUGCA